CGAGAGGAAGCGCGCGGAGGUUAUGAUGGAGGAACGGUAGGGUGAGGUGUGCAACUGGCAGAGAGAGCUGGACAUCAGAUGACAAGAGAAAUAUCUAACUUUAUUUCGCUUCGAGGUGCAGGUUGUUGACGGGAACCGCUUCCUCGUGUCUAGGCACGGGUUCAGAUUCUUUUGUCACUUCAGUUUUUUCGUAAACCGACGCCCUGGAACGCAUAAAAAUGCCGAACAUCAAGAUUUUCAGUGGUAGCUCCCACCAGGAUCUGUCUCAAAAAAUCGCCGACCGCUUGGGGCUGGAGCUGGGGAAGGUCGUUACAAAGAAAUUUAGCAACCAGGAGACAUGCGUGGAGAUCGGGGAGAGCGUCCGUGGCGAGGACGUCUACAUCGUGCAGAGCGGCUGCGGGGAGAUCAACGACAACCUGAUGGAGCUGCUCAUCAUGAUCAAUGCCUGCAAGAUCGCCUCGGCCUCCCGCGUCACCGCCGUCAUCCCCUGCUUCCCCUACGCCCGCCAGGACAAGAAGGACAAGGUGGGGAGUCGAGCACCUAUCUCUGCUAAACUGGUGGCCAAUAUGCUGUCAGUGUCUGGAGCUGACCACAUCAUCACGAUGGAUUUACACGCCUCGCAGAUACAGGGUUUCUUUGAUAUCCCCGUGGACAACCUGUACGCAGAACCUGCUGUGCUCAAGUGGAUUAAGGAGAACAUUCCGGAGUGGAAGAACUGCACCAUCGUGUCCCCUGACGCUGGAGGAGCCAAGAGAGUCACCUCCAUUGCGGAUCGGCUGAAUGUAGACUUUGCCCUCAUCCACAAGGAGAGAAAGAAGGCCAAUGAGGUGGACCGCAUGGUUCUAGUGGGGGACGUGAAGGACCGGGUUGCUAUCUUGGUUGAUGACAUGGCCGACACUUGUGGCACCAUCUGUCAUGCAGCUGACAAGCUCUUGUCGGCUGGUGCUACCAAAGUGUAUGCCAUCCUUACCCAUGGAAUCUUCUCUGGCCCAGCCAUCUCCCGCAUCAACAAUGCCUGCUUUGAGGCUGUAGUCGUCACCAACACCAUCCCACAGGAAGAGAAGAUGAAACACUGUCCCAAAAUACAGGUGAUCGACAUCUCCAUGAUCCUGGCCGAGGCCAUCCGUAGGACUCACAACGGCGAGUCGGUGUCCUAUCUCUUCAGCCACGUGCCCUUGUAACAUUCUCUGUCCAGAGGUGUGGUCCUCUCCUGCCACGCCCUGCCCUGCCCUGACACAGGAGGACUUCUCCCCCAACAAUGUCAUCACUACCUCCUCUCUGCAGUGAUCUACCCACCCUGCUAUGAUGGGGCAGUCCUUCCCCUUUCUGCCAACAAAAGUCACCUGCCGCCAGCCCUCCCAGGGGGGUGGCCACACCUAAGUUUCAGGUGGUUUAGAAAGGCUGGUGUCAGUCUCCUUUCAGACCAUUCUGACUCCAUCUUGGACAUCUCUCUUCUAGCUGCAGCACUAAGCUUUAAUCCUCCCUUCCCCUCCUCUAAACCCGCCUCCCCCACCCCCUGGUCAUACUGUUACACUGAUUGUCAAUGUGAUUGAAUUUUGAUUUUUAGUUUAGAUCGGUCUCCUUUUUUGCAUGUCUUUGUUUUUGAGGCUGUGUUUGGCAGCCAUUGAAGAAAGAAUUAUAGUUUACGGUGCUGCUGAAGGCCAGUUUGAGAGGAAGACUUCACACCAAGAAUAUGGAUCAAAGUGGAAAGGGUUUAUUUUUGAGAUUCCUGGCAUCCUCUCUUUGAAGCGGGGAUUUAGCUUGGGGUCUCUGCAGGCAGGAGGUUCCUUGGAAAAAAGGCUAGAUCUGCUGUUUUUAUUUUUUUAAAAGAAACCUCCGUGUGAACAUUUUUUAAGAGAAAGAUUUUAGUUACAUUUUCUAAGGAAGGUCAUUUCAGUGCUACAUUCCAGCUGUUGCUAAUCUGUAUCUGUACUUGUUACUGCAGACUGAACCAUUGCUUUUCUUGAGUGUUAGACCUCAGGGAGGCAUUCAUAGUUAUCACUAUUCUAGCUUUGCCUCUGCUGUUCUUGCUUAUUCCCAUUCCAUGCCAUGACUUGUUAUACUGCUUUUUAUUUUGAAAAGUUUGGAAGCGCAUGAUACUGUGACAUUAAAUCAGGUGUUUGAAAACAUGUCUUAAUGGCUUGUCCUUUCUGUGGUAAAACGUGACAAUCCUGCACAUUUGUGACAGUAGUGCAAGUCUCUACCAAUGAAAUGUAACCUGAGUACCGGUUCAGGAAUGAAGUCUGAUGAGCUUUAUGCAAUAUCUAGUGAGGAGCUAGAAAGCGGAAUCUUAUAUAAUAUCCUGUGAUUUUGCGGUACCCCCACACGCAGGGGCUGUGUUCUGAAUUGUGCUGCUGCAUCGCAAUAUGCCAUGGAGCCUACAGCCAAGUAACAUGGUUCUGAACGGUAUGUAUAUGGAUGUGUGGGAAGCUGUUCUGCUUUAUUUACUGCCUUUUCCUAGGUCUUUCUCUGCCUCAGUAUAAAUUGAACUUGCAGAAUCUGCUGUGGAGAGGCCUGCCGUGGAAAUGUGGAUGCCUUAACGUGUGAGCCAUGUGCUGGACCAUGUGUCCUCCCCUGGUUUUGCUGUCCUGAUUCAGAUGAAGGGGGCUCACUGAUUACAGAUAUGUCUA